AUGCCUCACUUAUCCUGCGAGAGGUUUUACGAAACCACUGGAGAAAAUGUUCAAUUAGGAUGGCUUUGGAUUGCCAUUGGAUUCGUGCCUCAAGACUCUGCCACUGGGACUCGGUCGGAAGAAUCUAAUGCGGCCAUCGCUUUUGAGGGACAGAGCGAGAAGGCGAUAGCAAGCACAGAAGUUGCUGGUUGGCGUCCGCUCAACAGUUCGAUCAGUACGAGAGCGAGAGGGCGAGAGCAGAGGAAUUGGGAAGUUGAUUGUUUUUUUUUCGUUUCUGAACGUUGGCUAUUUGAACUAAAUACCACGAGCGAGCAUCUCGUCACUACGAAUUCGGUGGUGGGGAUCGACCUCGGCACUGCCAACUCCGUCGUGGCGGUGAUGAAGGGUUGCCAACCGACGAUCGUGACCAACGUUGAGGGUCAGUGGACGACGCCGUCGGUGGUGGCGCACAACAAGACCGGUGAUAGUCUGGUAGGGCAGGUCGGGAAGAGGCAGGCAGUGGUUAACCUCGAGAACACGUUCUUCUCGGCGAAGAGGUUUAUUGGGAGCAAGAUGAACGAAGUUGAUGAGGAGUCCAAGCAGGUUUCGUAUACGGUUGUGAAGGAUGAGAAUGGGAAUGUGAAUGUGAAAUUGGAGUGUCCUGCGAUGGCCGACCAUACACAGCUGAACACUUUGAUUAUCGCAAAUUGCGAUGUUGUGAAACCAUGAGUUGCUGUAGAGAGCCACAUAGCUAAGUAUGUUUUUUGUGUUCCAUAUGCGACAUUCUAAAGGACCGAGACCGGGGAACGCAAAAAAAAAAAAAGAAAA